UGCCUGGUAGUAAAUCCACCCACGGCCCAAAUCCAAAACCAACUACUCAGCCCAAGCCCAAAUCUCCUAUUGUUUUACUUACUAACAAGAAAACUAUUGCUUCUGAAGUUUCUACAUCUCCUCCAAUUUCAAACACCUUUGCCUUGUUAGAAACAAUUCAAGACUCCACUACCAUUGAAGAAAAUAAUAAAAAAUUAAAAAGCAAUGAUAAGCAAAACCUUGAAAAAAUAAAAUCAUAUCCCACAAAUCUUUCAUCUUCUCCUUCACACGCUUCCCCCUCAACCUCCAUUAGCUUGCCUUCAGAAGCUAUUCAACACCUGGCAGCCAUGGAAUCGUCUUCCACAAAGGCAAUUGAACCUUCUCCUUCUAAUUCCGUCCUUUUAAACUCCCCCUCACAUACUUUAUUCUCACAGAACAACCAAAUCAACGAAACCCUAACUUUAAAUAUCACUACCAAUGGAGAAAAACAAAGGGGAACUUACCCCGAUUCGCCCUCCUCGGCGUCCGGCCCGGAAUUACCGCCGAACUUCAGUGCCGACACCGGCAAUUACUCCGAACCCGCCACCAUCUCUCUCUCUAGACCACCAGAUCAACCUCCAGGGAUCUCCGAUCACUCAAGCCCAACCACUUUCAAUGCGCCACCCCUUCUCCCCGUUCCCACCUCCACCACCGCCACCCCCUCAAUUCCCAUUCAACAUUUCUCUUGCUCCAUCAAUGACCCCCUCCCAGAUCAGAUAAAUUGUUUUGACUCCUCCGUUAUCUCCUCCUCUCCUAUGGUCGUCGAUAGAGACACCUCCAACUCCGGAAAAAAUAGCCAUGAUGUACAACACCCUUCUCCAGAUAACCAAGUUCAUGACCUCUCAAAUUCCUCAGCCUUCAACUCCUCCACCCCAACCCACAAUCCCGCAACCGUCAUCCCCAAUUCCGCAACCUCUUCUCCCAUGGUAUAUGCAACAGGUGCAGUGGCCGAGCUACCGCCACCACGAGUUGGUUUCGCCACCUCUAACUCCUCAAAUCACCCCUCUCUUGUCGGAAAACAGCGAGCACGACCUCGAAAACCCCGAACACCAUAUGAAAAUUUUCACCAUCACAAAAGAGGUAGUGGGCCUCCAAGUCGAGGUGAACUUUUGGGAAACUACGAACACCAUACGGGAAGUGAACUCAAUGGUAGUUCCUCUGAAGAUGCACGAUGUGGUGCUGAUGAAUCGAGCAGAGUCGUGGAGGGAAUGGGACAAGUUUGACCCUCUCUUCUCUAAGGGUAAUCCGGUAACUUCUUAUCCGGAUCUUAAUAUGAAAAUUGUUCUUUGGAAUGUGAGGGGGGCCACUAGGAAUGAAUUUAUUCCACAUGCAUGGGAGGUGAUUGCUGCCCAUAAGCCCAAUAUUUUCAUACUUUUAGAAACAAAGAGUGAUGGAAAUCGUGCUAGCCAAGUUUCUAAGUUAUUAGGAUUUGAUGGUUUUCAAUUUAUCAAUCCUAAUGGUUUAAGAGGGGGAAUUUGGCUGAUGUAUAAAAAUUCUGUUGAACUCACUGACUACCAGGAUAAUCAUGCUAGAAAUUAUUUUCAUGCCCUAUUUAAGUUCUCUCCUGAUAGUAAGGAGGUGCUCUUGACUGCCGUGCAUGCUCCUUCCUCUCCCACGGAAAGGCAUAGGCUUUGGAAUGAGCUUCGCAAUAAUCUACCCCCUGAUGAUACCCCUUGGCUCUUUCUUGGGGAUUUAAAUGAAGUCACAAAGCAAUCGGAAAAGUCAGGUGGCUUGAGGUUCAAGCAAUCUCAAUGUUCUGAUCUUAAUCGCUUAGCCGAGGCUGCUUGUUUGGUAGACCUUGGUUUCUCUGGUAAUCCGUUUACCUGGCACAAUGCAAGGGAAGGAUUAGAUCUUAUUCAAGAAAUAUUGGACAGGGCCUUGGGAAAUCCGAGUUGGUUGAAUACCUAUCCAAACACUCAGGGACAGGUGGAUACUCCAAGCUCUUCUUUUGGCUCUUCAAACAGAAUUUGGGCUCCUCCUCAAGCUGGUCAUUUUAAACUAAAUACGGAUGGCUCUUGAGUUGGCCUGGAGAAUGCUGGAGGUGGGGGUGUCCUAAGGUGUGCCAAGGGUAUCUGGCAAGAAGGUUUUGCAGUCAAUUUCAACGCAAUGUCUGCUGCUGCCUCUGAACUCAUUGCGAUCAGAGAAGGUCUUCUUAUGGCUUGUAAUAGGAAAAAUUCAGCAUCUAGACCUUGAAACAGAUGCGGAUGCUCUUUCUAAAAUGCUAAAAAAUCCAGAAGCCUUCAAGGAUCACGAUCUAGGUAACAUUAUCAGGGAUGUUGCUCCCCUCCUUGCUCGAGAUUGGGAUGUUGCUAUCUUCCAUGCCAAGAGGUCUGUCAAUCAAAUUGCAAACGCUUUAGCUCAUAUUGGCAGAACUAGGGUCAACAAGGGGAGAAAGAAACCUAUUUCUACCCUCCUGCUGAUAUCUUCAAUCAAUAUGCUGCUGAAAUCCCAGCUUACCAGCCCCAAGCUUAGUUCUAUCAUACUGCUUCGUUUCCUGAUGAGUACCAUGUGCUGUAAUGAGUCAAGCAGGAUCAUUUUGCUUAUGUCCUAAAACCUUAUCUAGCUCUGUUUUCUUUUCUCUUAAGGCUGUAUCUUUUACUCAAAUUAAGAGAAGAUUGCUUCUUAAGUA